AUGUCUCUUGAUAACAUGUUUUGCACAAGAUGUGGUGAUGGGUUUGAGACUAAUGAAAAAAUUGUCAAUUCCAAUGGUGAACUGUGGCAUACAAACUGUUUUGUUUGUGCUCAAUGUUUUCGAGUUUUUCCUGAUGGAGUAUAUUAUGAUUUUGAAGGCCGAAAGUACUGUGAACGAGACUUUCAAGUGUUAUUCGCACCAUGCUGUGGCAAAUGUCGUGAAUUUGUUAUUGGUCGUGUGAUAAAGGCUAUGAAUGCUAACUGGCAUCCAGCAUGUUUCCGCUGUGAGGAGUGCAACAUGGAAUUGGCUGAUGCUGGCUUUAUCAAGAAUGCUGGUCGUGCUCUUUGCCAUGGUUGUAACACACGUAUAAAAGCUGAUGGAUUACAAAAUUAUAUGUGCCAUAAAUGCCAUGGUGUGAUAGAUGGUGAGCCUCUGCGUUACCGUGGCGAAGUGUAUCAUGGUUAUCACUUCACUUGCGCUACUUGUGGAGUGGAGCUGGAUCAUACUGCGCGCGAGGUCAAGAACCGGCCUGGGUACGCCGCUAAUGAUGUGAACAAUCUAUUUUGCCUACGUUGUCACGACAAAAUGGGCAUUCCGAUUUGUGGCGCAUGUCGUCGACCCAUAGAAGAGAGGAUUGUCACCGCUUUGGGCAAACAUUGGCAUGUUGAGCACUUCGUGUGCGCUAAAUGCGAAAAGCCAUUCCACGGACAUCGUCAUUACGAAAAGAAAGGCCUGGCCUACUGCGAGCAGCAUUACCACCAGCUGUUUGGCAACCUCUGCUACGUCUGCAACCAGGUCAUCGCUGGAGACGUAUUCACUGCGCUAAACAAAGCAUGGUGCGUACACCAUUUCUCAUGUUCCGUAUGUGACACGGCCUUAAGCACGCGCAGUAAGUUCUACGAAUAUGACGAGCGUCCCGCCUGUCGCCGAUGCUACGAACGAUUUCCAGCCGAAUUGAGGCGACGAUUGCGACGCGCACAUCAUUACACACUGCGUAGGAACUAA